GGCCUCUUGUCCAGUCUUCCUGGCAAGAAGUUUGACCAAGAUCAACCAUGACGACUUACAGUGACAAAGGACAAAAGCCCGAGAAAGGCCGUUUCCUCCACUUCCACUCUGUGACAUUCUGGGUUGGCAACGCCAAGCAGGCUGCCUCAUUCUACUGCAGCAAGAUGGGCUUUGAACCACUUGCCUACAAGGGCCUGGAGACGGGUUCCCGGGAGGUGGUCAGCCAUGUGAUCAAGCAGGGGAAGAUCGUGUUUGUCCUCUCCUCUGCACUCAAUCCCUGGAACAAAGAGAUGGGCGAUCACUUGGUGAAACAUGGUGAUGGAGUGAAGGAUAUCGCAUUUGAGGUAGAAGAUUGUGACUACAUCGUGCAGAAAGCUCGAGAACGGGGUGCCAAAAUCGUGCAGGAGCCCUGGGUGGAGCAAGACAAGUUUGGGAAGGUGAAGUUUGCUGUGCUGCAGACGUAUGGGGACACCACACACACCCUCGUGGAGAAGAUGAACUACACCGGCCGGUUCUUACCUGGAUUUGAGGCCCCAACAUUCAAGGACCCUCUCCUUUCCAAGCUGCCCAAUUGCAACCUUGAGAUUAUCGAUCACAUCGUGGGAAAUCAGCCUGAUCAGGAGAUGGUGUCUGCCUCGGAAUGGUACCUGAAAAACCUGCAGUUCCACCGCUUCUGGUCCGUGGAUGACACGCAGGUGCACACAGAAUACAGCUCUCUGCGCUCCAUCGUGGUGGCCAACUAUGAGGAGUCCAUCAAGAUGCCCAUUAAUGAGCCAGCACCAGGCAAGAAGAAGUCCCAGAUCCAGGAAUAUGUGGACUAUAACGGAGGAGCUGGGGUCCAGCACAUCGCUCUUAAGACCCAAGACAUCAUUGCAGCGAUUCGCCACUUAAGAGAGAGAGGCAUGGAGUUCUUGGCUGUUCCACCAACGUAUUACAAGCAGCUUCGGGAGAAUCUCAAGUUGGCCAAGAUCCAGGUGAAGGAGAACAUCGAUGUGCUGGAGGAGCUGAAAAUCCUGGUGGACUACGACGAGAAAGGCUACCUCCUGCAAAUCUUCACCAAACCCAUGCAGGACCGGCCCACGCUCUUCCUGGAAGUCAUUCAGCGCCACAAUCACCAGGGCUUUGGAGCCGGAAACUUCAACUCGCUGUUCAAGGCUUUCGAGGAGGAGCAGGCCCUUCGUGGCAACCUCACCGACCUGGAGGCCAACGGGAUGGUGUCUGGCAUGUAGGCCCCGCCCAUCUCCAGGCCACA